CCAGCGUCGCUGUGAUUUCUUCCGGGUUCCUCGCGCAGUUUGUUUUGCUUGGGUGUAUCGGCGCAGCUCAACAUGACAGAAAGUCAAACUGAAGUUUUUUCUACACUUUAUACAACGGAUUUGCUGACAAUAAGAUGUAAAGUCGGGUUUUUAAUCAACGUGUUUAGCUCGGUAACGGCGGACAAGUGACUUCACCGGGAGUUCAUCCUGACCCGAGACACCUGUUGCUCCAGUUUCCACUGACAGGUGCUACUUUCUCCGUCUCAAACAGGGAGCAGCUCCGGUUCGAGAGACGACCGACACUUGGAAUAACUCCUUAACAUAUUUUCUAAAAGCAUUUGAAGCUAUAAUGAAAGUUACGGUCACGUACGGGGACACUUCAGUGGUGGUUCCCUGUAAAGCUGGAUGGACCGUCCGGGAUUUAACCGACCAAGCCACGCGGAGGUACCGCAGGGUUUUGGAGCAGCACGGGGAGAGUGCAGUGAAGACGCACCACUUGGAGUACACGGAAGGAGGGAUCCUGGACAUGGACGACCUGCUGAGUGAUCUAGUGGAAGACCGAGACAAGCUUGUGGCGGUGUUUGACGCCCAGCGCGGGAGAACGGACAGUCCCCGAGAGACCAUGUCCAACGGCUACUCCAGCGCCGCCCCCAGCCCUGAACCCCUCCACUACUUUGGCCACCUGCAGUACGAGGAGCCAAUCAGAGGAGAGAUUGAAGUCAACGAGGCCAUCCUCAAAACCAACACUCCUCUGUUGGUGAGGAGCAGCAGUGACUCUGCAUUGGUCCCGCGCCAUGAGAUGAGAGCCAUGCCCCCACCUGAUAACCAUAGCAACAGGUCUCCUGAACCGGAAAUCAACCAUGUACUGAAAGGAGCUUUGGACCGGCUGCAAACAGACCACCCCCCCGCCAAGAUGAGCCAAGUUAACUUCAGCAACCUGACGAGGGCUGUGGAGUUUCCAGGUAACUGGGCACCCCUGGGUAUCCAUGUGAUCCCAUACUGCUCCUCUCUCAGUGGACGGACCCUGGGCCUGCACAUUAAAGGCAUCGAGGAAAACAGUCGCUCCAAGAAAGAGAAUCUCUUCCAGCCGGAUGAGUCUAUCGUCCAAAUCAACGACACGCCGCUCCAGGACAAGACCUUCGCACAGUCCCAGGAUGUGUUCCGCCACGCCAUGUCGUCCUCCUCCGUGCGUCUGGAGGUCCUCCCCCUGGCCAACAAGCCGCGCUACGAGAAGAGCCUGAUCGGUCAGCUUUUCACUGGCGACGGCAAAGACCCCCCGAUAAAAGGAAAGAGUCCGAUGGUGGUCCGUGCUAAAGGCGACUCCCGACCAGAACCCAAACAAGAUGCCAAACUGAACACCAAGCUAGAAGUGAGGCGUCCAGACCCACGUGCCUGGACCCCGGAGCCAGCUGCGGUGAACACACCGCUGGCGGAGCGCCGGCCUGGGCACGGCUCCUUGGAAAGAGUGUCUCCCACAUCUCCAACCAGGGCGGCGAGCUCCUCCCCGACACCCAGGAGCCAGAGCCCCCAGACCAGUAAGAGCCCUGUGCCCGGCCUGGCCAACCUUACCGGCAGGAAGGGCGGCAAGAAGUUCAAAAUUGACCUGAAGAAAGGCACCGAGGGUCUGGGCUUCACCGUGGUAACCCGGGACUCCUCGGUCCACGGGCCAGGGCCCAUCCUGGUGAAGAACAUCCUGCAGCGCGGCGCGGCAGUCAAAGAUGGCCGCCUGCAGUCUGGAGACCGCAUCCUGGAGGUGAACGGAGUAGACAUGACAGGCCACAGCCAGGAGGAACUUGUGGCCAUGCUGCGCAGCACCAGGCAGGGAGAGAGUGUGUGUGUUGUGGUCGCACGGCAGGAGGACAUCUUCCUACCUCGGGAACUGAAAGGGGAAGAGGAAGGCAGUCUGGUGUUGGAGGACGGCAGGGAGCACCUGAUGUACGAGAUCCCCCUCAAUGAGUCGGGUUCGGCCGGCCUGGGGGUCAGCCUGAAGGGCAACAAGUCCAGAGAGACCGGGGAGGACCUGGGCAUCUUCAUCAAGUCCAUCAUCCAUGGAGGGGCCGCGUACAAAGACGGGCGGUUGAGCGUAAAUGACCAGAUGAUCGCGGUAAACGGUGAGUCGCUGCUCGGGCGCUCCAACCACGCUGCCAUGGAGACGCUGAGGCACUCCAUGUCGUCAGAGGGGACCGCCAGAGGCACCAUCCAGCUGGUGGUGCUGCGAGCACCCAGACAGAUGGGCAGUUUCUACCCCGCGGCAAACUCAAACGGGUCCCAUCACCAGAACCACCACACGGGCUCCAGCAAUCAGGAGCCACGGGGCCACAGUGCCCACCGGGGCCUCUCAGGACCCUCGCCACUCCGGAGCACGGAGCCCCCCGUGAACGGCGCGGGUCACACUCCGAUGACGACCGACGACGAGCACGGGGACUCUGGAAGUGCUUCAUAUCCCGCUGUGACCGCUAAUGGCGGCUACGGUCACUACGGCAACGACGACGAGGAGUUCGAGGAAGGCUUCCCCCCGCCGCCCUCCCUCGGCUCUGUGGAGGAAAUUAAUAGAGACUUACCGCUAACUCCCCCACGCCACAGCGAGUAUCAGAGCCCGCCCCGCGGGGACUACGAGGACUACGAGGACAACAGACCACGCAACAGAGCGUCCAAGAGCAUGGACCUGGUGGCUGAUGAGAGCAACAUGGGAUCACUGGUCGGGCAGAGGAAUGAGCCAUCAGCGGGCGGAGCGCUGGGCCCGACCCUGGGCCUCUGGAAGUCCAGCUCGCUCGAGAGUCUCCAGACGGCCGUGUCGGAGGCCAAGCAGAGCCGCAGCAGGGCCCAGGUGCCCUUUCACCGCCCGCGGCCGCACAUUGUCCGGGGCAGGGGAGCCAACCAGAGCUUCCGCAACGCCAUCGACAAGUCGUACGAUGGACCUUCUGAGGAUGACGACGACCUGUCGGAGCAGAGCUCCGGCCACGAGACUCCCGUCAGCAGCUCCUCUCGCCACGGCCUGGACGCAGAAGACGGAAAGAAGAAGAAGAAAACCAAAGGGAAGAAGAAAGAGAAAAAGAGCAAAGGGAAGAAGACUGACGUUUCUGUGGAUGAGCCGGAGAAGAAGACCAAAAAGAAAGGAUUUGGCCUCUUGAGGUUUGGUAGGAAGAAAGACGACAAGAGCAAAGACGCUGCCAAAGCCUCCAAAAACAAACUGGAGGCCCUGAAUGAAGAGGAGCUGGACAGGAUCCCUGAUCACAGAGACGGCUACGAUCCGCGUUACGCCGAGAUCCACUCCGGCCACGUCACCCCCGACUCAGCCUCCUUCCCCGACGUGGAAGACGACGACAGCGACCCCAACUACGCCCGCAUCAACAACUUCCGCCAGCCGCCCUCGCCCCAGUUGUUUAUCAGUCGCACGCCCUCCCCCGCUGCGUUGACGAGCGGGCCCAACCCGCUCCGGGUCUCCUCCGAGGAGCUGGAUGGGCUCUACGCCAAGGUCAACAAGUCCAGACCCCCGCCUGCACAGGCUGAAAGUGACCAGCGUCUCCAGGGGCUGCGCAGGGAGUACCAGCAGGCCCGAGCCGCUCCGGGCUACGACGAGCUAGACGCCGCACGCCGCAGAGUCCUGGAGAACGACCCACUUCGGAUGGCAGCCAGGGGAGCCGAAUCUCGAGCCGCGCCCCGCUACGAAGAGGUGGACCGGCAGUACCCCACGCACCCCAGGAGGGAUCCAUAUGAUUACCCCACCCACUCCAGACCCGUGCCAAGAGAUCCUGCCCCCUACCCGGGCCACUACUCUGACCCUCCAGCCUCCAGCCACCCGGGCCGCGUGCAGCUCCCGCAGGCGCCCAACAACCAGCGCUACUACCCCUCGUCUCCCCGCGCAGAGCAGCAGCACCGUGCGGCAGUGAGGCAGGACGUUCCCCCGUCUCCCAACGCGGGCCGCAGAGGACGCCACUACAACGAAGCCGUCGGAGGGCGAGGAGACGGCUACCUGCAGGCCAGCUCGGGCCGCUACACCAGCCCGGAGAGGUACCCCGACACCGGGGAACGCUACGGAGACGAGAGACAGCCCGAGCAAAGGCGGAAGAACCCCUUGAUCGGUGCGGUGUAAAGGUACUCAGAAAAGGAUGUUGAAGGCCAGUCAUACAAAGAAUAUAAAUAAAUAGUGUUUCCAGAUUUGUGACACAUGACAUCAACGUGUAGAAGUGCGAUUUAGCCAUAUUAGUUUAUCUGAUAAAAGAAUAAGUGACGAGCUGGGAGGCUGAAAUUAGACUUAUUUUAGAACCAUCUGGUCAUAACUCUGUCCACAGGCCAAGACAGGUUUAACAAGCAUUAAGGACUCACGCGUGUGUACAUAUAUAUAAUCAUGUUUGCGAGCGCUUUGUGUAUAAGUGUGCCCAUGUUUAUAUUAACAGGAUCGUAUUACGACAGAUUUUAUAAUGUUGAAUAAAAAUGUAAUUAAGGGCAAUUAAAUAUAUAGAGGUAACUUAGUACAUGUUGUAUAGAAUCAACUCUUUUCCAGCAUUUUGCACAAGCUGAACAAACUGGAGGAAAUAGAGAGGGGGCACCUUGAGCAGCCGGACCAGCAGACACAGGAAGUUGAAGUCGACAAACAGGAAAAAGGAAGUAGCUCCCCUUCAAAGCGUCCUCUCGUCCUUGAUGUUUGUCUCUUGGACUUCCUCUGCAUCCUGCUAUCACACUGUGUUGUUGUAUGUGAUGCCUUUGAUUAAGUGGCAGUGGCUUAUACAUUUACCGUACAUUUAUCGAAUGCUUUGUAAAUGAGAUAUUUUUGUGGUGUUUUCUAAUAAAAAUGUAUAAAUCUUGAUCCACACACAAGCUACAUAUUAUAAGCGUAAGCCGUGUGACUGCUCAUACACACACGGCGCAGCUAAUGAAACAUUUUAUCUUUUAACAUAUCACUGCUGAAAGUCACUGCACUGAAAACUCAUUAAAUGUGUCGAAUAGUGGUUUGAUUCAAUCAUGCUGUCAAAUAAAUGCAGGAUUUCUUUUUUAAAUACAAAUAUUUUGCAUUAAAUAUUUUUGAAAUUC